GACGUGUCGUAUCUUAAACAAUCGGAAGUGCCGCUAGUUAACACAACCAAGCGCGAUUUUUUAAUUAUUGUUUUUUAAAUCAGGCCCCGGGAGUUUUAUUAUUUUUUUUCCCUGUUAGCUAACGUUAGUACUGUACCAAAGAGCAUCAAUAUACUGACUAGAUGUUGAUAGCCUCCUGGUAACGUUAGCUAGAAGCUACCACUGAAGGAUAGCUUGGCACAGUAGUUAGCUAUCCACUACCUUUUCGCGCCCGGGAGUUUUCCAAUUGUAGCGGGGAUGGCAUCAACCAGGUGUGAAGAACUACUAAGUGACAAAGAACCUUUGCAUAUAUCAGCCCCCACCUCUCCUCCCCCCAUUUCUAUCCUCACUGCUUCCCUUUCUAAACAAGCCUCCCCCUCUCUGAUCUGCUCCUGGCCUUCCUCGCACCGUUCCCCGUGGGAUGAGUCUUGUGAGGUCACAGCCCACCUCUACUCCUCGCUGCAACUCACCCGAGAUCUCCAGGCCAAAGGUCAACCAUCACCAGGCCACACUCACAGACAGGUGUCAUUUCAGUUUUCUUCUCCUCAGCUGGGGGGGGAGGAAGGGGGUAUGGCUAGAUCCCCCCUGAACCUUCACACCCCCUCCCCCGGGGGGAGACAGGAGGAGGAGGGAGAGGAAGAAAGGGUGUUGGUAGAGGAGAUGGGUGAUAAUCUCAACACCAGUGUGGACUACAGCAGCAGACACACUAAUGGCAGGAGACAUAUCCAGGACAUGGAGAAUGUCAGAGCUCACCUUCAAACCAUGCUGAGAAGCACACCCACAUUGGAGACAGAGGGAGGCAGCAGUGUUACAGAGAGUCCCAACCAGUCAUUUAACAGUGACAGCACCUCACAGCUACUCGGUGGUGGGGUAGGAGGUUUAGAGGAGUUGUUCCCGCGUUAUUCUUCUCGUCUGCGCUCUGAUGGUGUCUUCUCCUCCCCGGAAGCCACUCUCCUUAGGGAGAGCCUAGACAGGGAGAGGACCAGCCGCAAGCAGUGUGAGCGGCACGUCCUGGUUUUGCAGAGUAAGGCUCUGGAGCUUCAGCAAAGAUUGGCUCUCGCUUUGUCAGCUGACCGGAAGAAGGACGUCAUGAUCGAGCAGCUGGAUAAGACCCUGGCUAAGGUGGUUGAAGGCUGGAGGAAACAUGAGCAGGAGAAGAGUGAGGGAAUGAAGAGACUACAGCAAGAGAAGGAGCUGGCGGAGAGACGACAUACAAAGCAGCAAGAGACCCUUGGUCAAUUAGAGCAGUCUCUGGCUCAGGUUGCCGAGGCCCUGGAGCAAGAGCAGAAACACACUGAGGAACUACAGAGAACCAACAGACAGCUGGAGCUGCGGCUGGUGGAGUUGGAAGGGUCUCUGUGUGAUUGUAGGCGUGAGUCUGAGCUCUUGUGUGUGGAGCGAGACGGGCUGCAUCUACAUGCCCAGGAAGCCCAGACUGCUCUGACCUGCCUCCAGGAGCAAACAGCCAAUGAGAGAAGAUCGCUGGAGGACCAGACAGUCCAGCUAGCCAAUCAACUACAAGAGGAGAGGGAGUGCAAGCAGCGAGAGGAGCAGCAUUUGUUGGAGAUAAGACAGGUGUUGGAGGAGGUAAGGGGAGAGUUGGCCAAAGUGAGGGGGAGACUGAUACAGCUGGAGGAGGAGAAACUGGAGGCGCGGAGAGAGUGGGACACGGAGCGCAUGGACUGGGCUCUGGAACAGGCCCGAUUUGAAGCCCAGCAUUCUCAGUUGGAAGUAAAGCUGAAACAGGAGACUGAGAGACUGUCAGCUUCACAGCAGGAACACAUUGCCCUGAAAGAACAGCACAGGAAUCAGCUGCUGGAUCUGAGUGCUCGCCAUGAGAGUGAACUUUCCUCCCAGUUACAGCAACACCAGCAGCACACACUGGCACUCACCCAGGACUACCAGAUCAGGCUGGCCCACUCCAAGCAGCAGUCUGUUUUGUUGGAGGAGAGCAGGAGGAGGCUCGAAGGGCAGAGAGAGGAGCUUGUGAGCAGACUGCAGAGUUUACUACGCUCCCAUUGGACAGAAGCACUGAGACUGCUCAGCACACAGGCAGAAGGGUCUUCUCUUCCUUCGCUGUGGGACGAGCCCAAAGACUGGAUGAACCAACAUCUACUACAGGAACCAUCAUCUAGUUCACACAGUACAGUACAGUACAGAGCUGCAGCUGACACGCACAUGGUGCAGAGAGAGCAGGAGGGGGAGGAAGUUGCUCGCUUGGCACAAAACGCUCAAGCAGUGGUCCUCCAACUCUCCAGAGAGAGAGGUGAAUUAAGUGGAGAGGGUGAAGCAAGAGCGAUAAAAGAGGGAAGAGAGAGAAGUUGGGAGAGAGGGGCAGGAAGAGAAGAGAGUGGAAACCUCAGCGUGCUGAACCACACUCUCUCCUUCAACCUUCUGGAGCCACAACUAGACACCACCAACAUGACAGGACUUGAGGAGCUGUGUGACAGAGGGGGAGAUCUGAGGGGAUGUGUGGCGGAGGAAGAGGAGCAUAAGGGAGAAAGACAGAGAGCUGAGAGUGGAGAGAGGCAACAGUGGGCGGAGAGGGGUCCCAGCCUCACCUCUGUCCCCAGCCCUAGCUUUGACCCCAGAAGGAGGAGUGAACUACAGUACUAUGUCGCCAUGAUCUUCAAGUUCUGUCAGGUUGGAUGGGGAGCGUUACUGCACAGCUAUUUUCGGGUCUCUCCAGAGAUAUUCGAUCGGGUUCAAGUCCGGGCUCUGGCUGGGCCACUCAAGGACAUUCAGAGACUUAUCCCGAAGCCACUCCUGCUUUAUCUUGGCUGUGUGCUUAUGGUCGUUGUCCUGUUGGAAGGGGAACCUUCGUCCCAGUGUGAGGUCCCGAGCACUCUGAAGCUGAUUUUCAUCAAUGAUAUCUCUGUACUUUGCUCUGUUCAUCUUUCACUUGAUCCUGACUUAGUCUUCUGGUCCCUGCCACUAAAAAACAUCCCCACAGCCUGAUGCUGCCACCUUCUGGAAGGUUCUCCACAGAUGAACUCUGUCAGAGUGACCAUCAGGUUGUUGGUCACCUCCCUGUCCAAGGCCAUUCUCCCCCAAUUGCUCAGUUUGGCCAGGCAGCCAGCUUUAGGAAGAGUCUUGGUGGUGCCAAACUUCUUCUAUUUAAGAAUGAUGGAGGCCACUGUGUUCUUGGGGACCUUCAAUGCUGCAGAAAUGUGGCUUGACCUCAUGGCUUGGUUUUGGCUCUGAAAUGCACUGUCAACUGUGGGACCUUACAUGUACAAGUUUUACAUAAACUGGUUUUACUGUUUAAUUUUUUAAAAUAAAUUUGCAAAUAUUUCUAGA